AUGGGGGCUAAUGUUUCAAGUGUUCAUGAUAACAGGGUGAUAAUACCAGCAAAAACCAAUAUAUUACCACCAACAAAGAAGGGCCAGGUUAAUGCAUUUCACUCCUCAUCUAAGUGGAAAAUCCAUUACGAGGCGUCUAAACAAACCUCGAAACUUAUCAUCAUCGAAUUCACGGCUUCUUGGUGUAAGCCCUGUCAGUACAUUCAGCCUGCUGUGAAUGAGUUUGCUGAAAAGUAUACGGAUGUCGAGUUCAUCAAGAUUGACGUUGAUGAGUUAUAUGAUGUAGCGCAAGAAUUUGAAGUGCACGCAAUGCCAACAUUUUUACUGAUUAAGAAAGGGAAAGAAGUGGACAAGGUUGUUGGGGCCAAAAAGGAGGACCUUCUCAAGAAGAUUGAGAAGCACAGGUUCUAA